GUGGCACCUGCCGGGGGCGGCAAGGCAGUUCCCUCCCUCCCCCCUUGCAUUGGAGCAAUGGCACUGCAAGGUCGGAUUUCCAAGCCUACAGGACCCCGCAGUGAAGAGGCCCACUAACCGCUGGCAUUACAGUGAGUCACAGUGACUCAUUGUAUGCCGCCGUCAGACAGUGUCCCGGCUCCCAGUCUGUAAGUCCCGGCUGGAGCAGGAGAAGGAGCUGCUCUCCCCUCUACUAUCAGCUCCUCCCCCCAGACUUUAGUGCUGCUGAUGAGGAGGGGCACUGCAUGGGCAACCGACACCGCAAUGUAACGGCCGCACUACCUCCACAUCCACGCACGUUGCCCCCCCCCGGCCACCUCCUGUACAGCACACUGCGCUGGGCAGCACCCCCUCCCCAAGCCACUGCCUGCUCCCCACACCACGCUGGCCCAGCCCCGGCAGUCUCCCGAACCACUGCUGCUACACACUUCUGCCCUGCAUCAAGCUGGGCAGAGCUAAAGACAGAGACGCAGUAUGGAGCCAGAGGGACAAAUUGAAGCCAGCGCUGAUGGUGUAUAGAACAAAUAUGAAGACGUAUCUGAAGAAUGAGUAUUACAGUAAAUAAAGAAAAAAGCAAUAUUUCAGGUUCCGACCGAUAGCUGAAGAACAGAGUUUAGUGUGAAUUGGAGGCGGUUGGGAUGCCGAUGGUCAUAAUACCGAUGCCAGGAUCCCGAUGAAUUUAAUCCAGACAGGGAUUAAUCCUGGGAGUAAGGCUGCUCUGGCUAACCUAUACCCAGGAGAUGUUAUUCUAGAAAUCAAUGGGGAGAGCACAGAGACCAUGACUCACCUACAAGCACAAAACAAGAUUAAGGCCUGUUCAAGCCACCUGAUACUUUCCCUGAACAGGUCGCCAGGAAAAGACAGAUAUCAAAGGUGUGAGAGAAGGCCAUGGUCACCCACAGAAGAAAUCGGACAGCAGCCUCGCAAAUAUAGCCUGGAAUCAGAGUUACAGGACAUUUUCCCAUCUGAAUUUGCUAACAGCAGACGAUCAGCUCCCGUGUCACCACGAGGCAGCCCUAGUGACGUUCGGCCAACGCUCAAUGCACCGUACAACAAUCCGUCCAGACUCUACACAAAUAACAACAGCACUGCCAUAGAAUCACAACUAUCCUCGCACAUGGGCAGAAUCAAUAUCUCCUCUUCACCAAGCACUGAACCACAGAGAACUAUUCCAAGGAGCCGAAAUGGAAUAGACGUUGAGUCAGAUGUGUACAGAAUGCUACAGGAUUACGAUGAACCCGUAUCACAGCCAAAGCAGUCUGGAUCAUUCAAAUACUUGCAAGGCAUGUUAGAAGCUGGGGAGAAUGGUGAGAAGGUAGAACGACCAGCCAGUGCCAGAAACGUCAAGUCACCAGUGUCUAAGCUCAGCAGCCCACUGACUGGCUUACAGCUGAUCCCGGAGUGUACCAGAUGUGGGAAUGGCAUUGUUGGUACAAUAGUUAAGGCGCGAGACAAGCUCUAUCAUCCAGAAUGUUUCAUGUGUGAUGACUGUGGCCUAAACCUGAAACAGAGAGGCUAUUUCUUUAUUGAAGAGCAGUUGUACUGCGAAACUCACGCCAAGGAGCGAGUCAAGCCUCCGGAGGGAUAUGAUGUCGUGGCUGUGUAUCCUAAUGCCAAAGUUGAACUUGUGUAAGCAAUCAAGGGAGAUUUGUUGCUGGAGAGGUCUGCAGGGAGUUAGCAAUGCUCCAAGAGCCCCUCCUGCAACAAACCAGCUAAAAUGGUUUCACGUUCCGAGACAAGACAUCUACAUUCCUAAAAUUGUAUCCAAGAAAACAAUGCAGUAACACAAUGAAAAAAGCUUCACAAUAUACAUUUUACUACCUAAAAGAAUUAUGCGGAACAAAAUAUCUGUAGGGAAGCCAUUUUGAAUGAUUUAUAACACUUUUGCAUUAACUAUCCAUAUGUUUUGCAUUGCUGAUGUGGUUAAUACUGCAGGUUACAUGUGUGCAAUUUUCUCAUUCAUUCUUUUUAUGUUCUCUCUGGGCACCAACAAAAAUCUGUAAAUACUGAAUAAUAUUCCACUCCUGCUCUAAUAAAAUAUAUAUUGUUUGUAGAAUA